UUAGACAACUUAAAAGAAGGGAAACAUAAUUUACGGAUCCGACCUGCUGACAUACCGAUAGCAGAGAGAGCAUCCAUGAAUUACUGGAGAACACGGAAAUGUAUCAGCAAGCCAGCUGAAUUUCCUCUUAAGAGUCCAACAUUUACUGGGUUGCAGGAGAAAGCCCCCCUCGGGCUCAUGGACACCCCCUUGCUGGACACCGAGGACGAGGUGCACUAUUGCUUCCUCCCGCUGGAGCAGGUGGAGAAACACCCGUCCUUGGUCACGGACGACAAUCUUUUAUGGCUCUGUGACAAUGCCGUGGUGAUCGAAUGCGAGGGCAGCGAAUUCCGCUUCAUCGCUAAUUUUCUUCGCUCGGAGAAGAUUCUUUUGCCUGACAAUUUCUCCAGCAUGGAGGUCCUGGAGGCUGAAGCCGAGGCCUUGGGGAUCCCUGAGGUUAUGGAAGCUGUGAAGAGCUAUCGGAGCAACCCUGGGUUCUGUCCAGAGGAGAGAGCCGGCGAUCAAGGCUCCGUGCGAAGGGAUGCGGAGGGGCAGCGAGGGGCUCCCAAGGCAGCCUGGCGCCCCCUCCCUUUGUACCCCAUGGCUCUGGGCCUCUUGGUCAAGUACCCAGAUUCGGCCCUGGGGCAGCUGCACGUGGAGGGCACCCUGGAUGGAAACCGGCUCUACCUCUCAGGGAACGGCGUCCUUUUCCAGCACGUCACGAACUGGCUGGGAACCUGCCGACUCCCCCUGACCCGGAACAUCUCGGAGCUCCCCAAGCUCUGCGCUUACCUGGAUCAAAUGGACGCCGUGUAUGAGCCCAUGAAGGACGCUUUAAAAAUAUAUCUAAAAGAAAGGAUGCCCACAGGUGCUGUGGGAAAGGGUGCUGACUGGACAGCUGAAAUGGCCGUUUUCCCACUCCACCACAUUGUAAAAGUGUACGUAGGAAGUCACUGGUAUGCCACUUACUUGCAGACCUUGUUAAAGUUUCCAGAGCUGCUGUCAAACUGCCGGAAAGCAUCUUGGAUCGCUUACGGCCAGAGCCUCCUCAUUCAUGGAGAUGGGCAGAUGUUUCGACACGUCCUUAACUUCCUUAGACUCGGCAAGUUGUUCUUACCAUCUGACUUCAAGGAAUGGUCUCUUCUACGCCAGGAAGUCAUGGAGUACCAGAUCCCUUCUCUUGUGGAAGCCCUUUGCCAGUAUGACACGCACAGAUUACGGACGCAACCACAAGAUGCUCAAAGCGAGGCUUUCCCAUUUAGAAAUCUUGAGAUUUCAGUAUCGGAGAAGGAAGAUGAGGCGGGUGAAAAUCCCCAAGAAUGUUCACAUAUUGUGCUGGAUUUAGACCAAGGCGCCAGGGACUGGAGGGCGAACAGAGAUGCAGAGGGCAUGAAAGAGGGCAGCGGGGAGAAUGAGAAGAGCCCUGGGGCUUCCCUGACUAAGGCAGCGAAGCGAAGCAACCCCUGGGAAGCAGGUCCGCCGCCUUUGGGCAGCUGGGGCCACCCCUGCAGCGGCAGGCAGCCGGAGAGCCCCCCGAGGAAAAGAGGGCAGAAAGGCAACGUGACCAAGAGAUCUGAUGCCAGAGACACCCCCAUCCAGAGGCUCAUCUCCCUCGUUCAAGGAUGGGACAUGGUGAGCCGCAGGCUCCACGAAGCCGGACCCGUGCCGGCACCCAGCGGCAUCAAGGCAGAGGAAGAGCCCAGGCGGAGAGCCCCCUGCCCCUCGCCAGCCGGCGGCGGCCUUGAACCCUCCUGCCACGGCCUUGUCAUCCAGGCGGCCCCGAAAGCCGGGCCGUCCCUGCCAGCUCCCUCCGGGCGGGAGGGCUGGCGUGGCCAGACUGGCAGCCCAAGCCUUGCUGAGGAGAGGACGACGACGACGACGCUUCUGGGGCCAGAGCCGAGGAGCCGCCAGAGAGGGAAAGGGACGUUCCCGGAAGACGCCAGUGCUGCUGCUGCUGCUGCUGCUGCCGCUGGUAACCUGCGAGGCAAGGCUGGCUUGAUUUUGAAGCUCGAGCAUCCUCCAGUGGUGGCUGCUGAUGGCUCUUGCAUGGCUCACGAGGGCAGCAUCCUCUACAGCACAUGCCUGGAAGACAUGAAGCUAGCCAGCUCCCUUGCACCACCGGGGGCCCAAGAGGUGGUCUUCUUGAGCUUCCCCUUGUCCCAAGAGGAGAUCUUCUAUGCCCGUAAGUGCCAUGCUUUUCUCACCGAUGUCAUCUUGGAGUCCAUAAGGCAGAAGGAUUCCCGGGAAACAACGGCCAAAGUCGAGGGACUUGUGCAAAGGUUGUGGAGCCUGCAGAUCUCGGCAGAGGAGUUUGUGGCUGGCCUGCUGGGAGUGGCGCCCUUCAGGGCCAAAAGCCAGGCCAAAAGCCACAACGAGACGUUCACGCGGUGGAUCGAAUUCACUCUGCCAUUUGCCUGGAAGUACAGCUGCUGCAUGGACCUGCUGAUCAAGAAAGGCUAUUUCAAGUCCCUCUCCCUUUUCAUGCUAGAGAAAUAUCUGCACAAGCCUCAAUAAAAGCAAAG